CAUUUUUUUAUUUUAAAACCCUAUAAAAUGGUGUGUCAAGCUAGAGACACCAAAUUCGUAGGGAAGCUUCCCUUGGCUCUCCCCUACAAGCUCUGCUAGUUUGGUGAAGUUUGGGUUUUCGAUAUCCGAGUUAUACAUCCACAAAGGAAGAAUUGUAGAGAUUCAGGGGAAGCUUCCCUGCAAUUUCAGUGUCUCUGGCUGCCUGGAGGGGGGGAGUGCUUUAUAGCCAAACCAAUAGGUGAAUCAAAAACUGCUAAAAUUUGUUGAUUCGUUUUCAUCGGGGCAUUGAUUUGUAUGAACACGAAUUGACAAAUUAGCAAUUUUUGACUGAAUUUGGGGAUUCAUUUUUUAAUCCUUGCCUGUCUCUAAUCCAGAGUAAUUUGGGAAGAUCUGAUGUAUGUUAAACCUUCACUUUUCCUUCCAUGUUUCCUUUAGCAGCAAUGGGUGCAGAAGGCUUUGCAUUGCUGAAUGCAGACUCCAUUCCGACAGCUAUGGUUGGCUUGUCUGCCAUAGAUUCAGAGGCCAUAAGCACCCCACAUGCUCUUAAGGAGCCCUGUUAGAACUGGAGGUCACCUACACUUGAUGCGAAAUGGGUUGUUUAUCUAUGACCCUCUCUGUGCUCUUCAGAAAUCUGAGCUAGCAUGUUGCACGGGUGCCAUGGAAGCAAACACAACCUGCACUGCUGACAACCAGUGCAGUCCAGGCUGCUACAGGCGGUGGAAUGAGGAUGGCAGCAGCACCUGCAUUAAAUGUGAGAACGAAACGGUCCCGGCCGCACCAGUUUACAAUCUAACCGACUGCCGCAACCCUGGCUCCCUUCCGGAUGUUGCCAGAGGAAUGAAUUCCCAAACCAACCUCACUACCAUAAGCCCAGUUACUAUUGGUGUAGGAGGGCCAGAAGUGGCCGCUUCGCUCAUUUUUGGGACAUUUGUGAUCAGCCUCUUCCUCAUACUGUGUGUCGCCUCCUUCUUCUACCUCAAACGUGCCAAUAAGCUUCCAGAUCUCUUCUACAGGAGAAGCAAAGGGUCUGUGGUACAGUCUGCUGAAUCAGCAUCCAUGUUAUCACCACCUUCCUCAGUCCGGAAACCCCGCUACGUCCGACGGGAGCGAUCGCUCAUGACCUCCAGCGCCAGCACGACUCUCUCUGCCGAGACCCAAGUCAGCAACGUGUAGUGGCGACCAUGGGCUGCCGCCAAGGAUUUGUAAAUAACCGGCACGGCCAACAAACACAUGCACUCCGUCGCCAGGAAAAUGGCAGAAGUUGUUGGCUGAAAAGGGUGCAGAGGUGGUGGGAGAGAGACUGCCUUGCCAGCCGCUUCCUACCAAGGCGCAUGAAACAAAGACAGGAGUCUGGCUGGAGGAGAGAGCCUAGCUCCUCUUGAGCAGGAGGCUGCGGGUCUGUGUUUUCGGUUUGGAUUGUAGCCCUCUGCUCCAAGACUUUGCCCCCCUUGAGACUUUCUCAAGUUUAGCGUGUAAUGUUGGGUUUUGUCCCCUCCCUUCUGCACCACCAUCAGCUCUGGCUGUUGUGGCCAGGAAGAUCCGCUCCUGGGUCUCUUGAAGACGCAGGCUGCCUUGCAGCCUUCCUGCAAGUGCAGUAUGAACACAAAAGUGCCAUGGUUUUUAUUGUGGGGUUUUAUUUCAAUUCAGGUGGGAAGCAUUUAGCAUUUUCUGCAGGAUUUUUACUGCUUGUCUUCGUGUCCUUCUCGGACUGGAGGCUGCUCCUUCCUGACCCCCUGCUGCUCCCUCCUUCCUUGGCCUUUUAGGUGGUUUUGAAUGAGGCCUUAUGCUCUUGGCAGGGGUUGCCAUCGCUGAGACAACGACCGCCGACCGUGUCUGUUUCCUUUUCCUUCCCUCGCUGUCUGUCUGCAUUUCACGAAAGGGAGCAGCCAAGUUCGUCCUUGGCGACGCAAGGCUUAAUGUCCUCAAAUUAGACAGAUUGAGUCUCUCCCCCCCCCCCAACGUCCACAUUGCUGCACUCAUUUUUGGGGCAGGCGCUCACGAGAGAGGCCAAGAGCUAAGCAACCGGUUCUGAGCAAAAAGAUGCACCGUACUGGCUAGGAACUUUGGGAGUUCCCAGAAACGGGAGGUUGGAUGUGUAGAAAAUAUGACCAACAUUGCACAGGUUGGUCUGUGCUGCCCAACCUCCUUAUUUACGAUUCUCAAAAUAGAUCUGCUAUACACUUUUUAGACAAGGCCUCGUGCCUCCUUUUUUAGCACGUGGUGUUGGAAGAUUUAGACACAAAAGACUUCUCUUGUGUGUGUUCCGAAAAAUCUCCCCCAUCUGGUCUCUGUCCAGCACAGAUUUCACAACCCUAUUUGCCUUUGUCUGAACUGUUGUUUCCAUCGGUCCCCAAGAGGAUACAGAACAUGGAGAAUUGAAUGCA